GCGCCACAUUCGAUCAUUCAACUGAACGCUUCUUAUAUUUUAGUUGUUUAUUGGCUAUGGUGUAUGUGUCUUGUAAUAUCUGCGCUUACAUAUUAAUUCUCGAAGAUUUGUUCAUGUUUUUAUCACUAUAAGGAGAACAAUCUCAUGAACCCAUAAAUGAUGGAGGCAGGAAACCCAAACGAUGGGGAAUGUGAACCAAGAAGAAGUUCUAGAAAACCCAAAAUGAGAAAGGAAUACCAGGAUUUUCUUAACAAGAGUCCACGGAAAGCUGCAAAACUGAACUACACAGAUGAUAUACAUAUGUACAACUCCAUUGAAGAUGAUGAGGAAGAGAUGAAUGACCUUUCUGUUACCAUGGAUACAGGCUGCAAUAAAACAGGUGGAGAUGAUGAUUGUCGUACCACAGUUGCGUUGGUUCAUGGGGAUCCGAUCCUUACACCAAAUUCUUCUCCAAAAGCUGAACAAUUGAUGACGAGAAAGCAAUUUUCACCGCUAGGACACUCCAAAAAUGGAUGCAUUGCGCCCCUUGAUGAUGAAAUAACAUUUCUUAAGAGUAUACGAGAUCCUAACGCUAAGCUGCAAAAACCAACUAGACCAAGACAUCCAAUACAAACAAGGAGUAAAGCUCCAAAUAGGGAAGUAACAUCAUCAAGAGAUGUUUCAGGAAAAUUACCUAUUGAUGCAAAUCCUGGCAGUUUACUGGACACCUCUCUGGAACACACUAACAAUUCUGCUGAUGUUCCGACCAGAAAGCGUAGGGGACGAUGCUGUUCAUUACAACAUGCAGAAAAUAGAAACAUAGUGAGCACAAGUAAAGGAGUAAUGCACACUCCCACUAAAGAGACCAGUAACAGUAAACAAAAUGUUACGUCAAAAAGACGUCACAGUGGGCUCUGUCAAUUGCAACGUAUAGAGGCAAAACAAUCUUCAUAUACUUUCCUUCCGCUGAACUCUUCCAUUUUGUUGAGGUCAUCUGCCACUACUGACAAUCAGAGUCCUUCUGUGAGUGGAUUUAGAAGUCAGCUAAACACAAAUUUGUAUGCAGGGUUAUUGGAGGACUUCUCGUCAGCAAUUGUUAGCCCAAGUAAUGAUUUGGAGUGUCUCACUUCUCAGUCACCAGAUGGAUCUUUCAGUGCCAUUCCUACUUCACCAAAUGGCACCACCUUAAAGCGAGGAAAGGGUUGUGCCACUGUGCGUAAGGGUCAAGAUGCACACACACCAGGAGAUUCCGAUAGAGCAGUUGGAAUGAAUUCUUCAUCUGAUCAGCUUAGUACUAUCUCUGAACAGAAAGCUGUGAAUGAUUCAGCACAAGGACGGGUCAUCAAAAAGAGAGGUAGGCCACGAAAAUAUAAGCCUGCUGACCAACUGUCCACAAGUACUGUCCCGAAUGUGAAAAAGGUACGUGGAAGACCUAAAAAAAUUCAGAAGUCUGAAACCUCUGAAAUUAGGUCUGUGCAAGGAGAAUCUGCUGCUGAUUCAUUGGUUCAAUGUACAAACAGUGAAGUUUCGGUUAACGAGUGUUUCACAGACACGAAAAAAAUACUAGAAUGUUCAACUGACUCUAGGAGGAAUGGCGAUUUAAAAGAGAUGGAGAAUGAAUUGUCUAUUGUCAAUGAUGUUAAAAAAGAGUCUGCAAAUAGCACUAUGAAGAAAGCAUCAGUUGAUAUACUUGAGCAAGAUUGUUCUACUGCGUUUAACAGUAAUAGCAAUAACAGUAACGGGACAGAAAAAAAAACCUCUAAAAGUAACGAGGAAAACACAACAGGAUUUACGGACGACACAGUGAACCAAGAUGCGUCAGUAGAUAAUGAAGAUGAGGAAGAAUUUUCAAUUCUUGAUGAAUCUAGAUGUUCAAAUAAAUGUUUAGAUGAUGAUGAGCCGGUGUUUAGUUCCACAUAUGCAUUCUCUAACAAAAAACGCAGAAGUAGUGGAGUCUAUAAGCCACUUUACACAAGUUUUCUAUCGUCCUCGUAUACAACUGAUAAUAGUUUGGAAGAGGAUAAAGAUGAUGGUGAUGCAGGGAUAAAUGGCAGAGAAAAUGAAGAUAUGAAUGUUGAUGAGGAUAAUGACAGUGGUGAUGUUUUAUCAAAAAAUAUUGUUGAUAAUACUGAUGGUGCAGAAGCAGAAGAAAUGGCUGUAAAUGAUUCUGAUGUAACAAAACCAAAACAACAGAGAGAGCAAAAAGUAUCUGCUAAAUCAGUGGAAUCUGUGUCCAGUAACAUAGAUGAUGCGGCGUCAGAAGAAAUUCGGUCAUUACCUAGUUACAAACGACAAAAGAAUCAAAAUACGAGUGGUGAUGGAGAGAAAUGUGAAUCUGCAGGCCAAAGUCUGGAAGAUGAACAUUCUAAACAUGAUGAAUGUGCUUUUCUGCAUGGUAAUAGUUUUAAAGUUAAAUCUCCUGAGAUAUUUCUUUCAGCUGAAACUGAUGUGUAUGAUGUCCAACCAACGAAAAACACAGUACAAAAAGCGUCUGAAAAUAGAGCACGGCGAUGUAUUUUGCUGCCACCCAUGAAAAAAGAAGAAAAUGAUGAUUCUGUGGAGGUUAAUGACGAAUCAGAAAAUUCUGCCUUUGUUGAUCUUAACAAUAAGACACAAAAUAAGUGUCCAGAUAAUUUGUGUACAUCUGAAGAAUAUUUUUUACAAAUUGAUAAUAUGGAUGAGAAGGUGUUUUCAGAGCAUGUCAAGUCACCAUUCUGA